ACAGCUCCCAUCAUUCCGCGAAACAACUUCGCGUCAGCUCAGAGAGGGCGCGCAGGCGUAGUGGCCGGGCGGAGACUUGCAACCGCAGCUUUACAACUUUCAAAGACUGGGCAGCUGGGCUGGAAGUUCUCUUUCUGGUUGGCUUCCAAUUGCAAACAAAAGCCAAGUUGCCCGCCUUGCUGUCCCCUUGUAAACUGCUUGCCUCUUGCAAGCCAGAGUGAUGGCUCUCCCCUUCCUGAAAGACUUGGACAAGUACAAGGACCUCGAUGAAGAUGAAAUUCUGGGGAAGUUGUCAGAAGAAGAAUUGAAGCAACUGGAAACCGUACUGGAUGACCUUGAUCCAGAGAAUGCCCUUUUGCCAGCAGGGUUCCGGCAAAAGGACCAGACUGCCAAAAGCCCCUCUGGUCCUUUCAACAGAGAGAAACUUCUUUCGUAUUUGGAGAAGCAGGCGCUGGAGCAUAAAGACAUUGAAGAUUUUGUCCCGUACACAGGAGAAAAGAAAGGGAAGAUAUUUGUCCCUAAACCAAAACCAGUCCAGUCUUACACAGAAGAAAAAGUGACUCUUGAUCCUGAACUAGAGGAAGCGUUGACAAGUGCUACAGAUACUGAACUGUGUGACAUUGCAGCUAUCCUAGGAAUGCACAACUUGAUAAGCAACUCUCAGCUGUGUGAUAUUGUGGGAAGUAGCAAUGGUGUUGGCAGUGAAUGUUUCUCAAAUGUAGUCAAAGGUGAAAAGAUUAUGCCUGUCUUCAAUGAGCCACCAAAUCCCACAAAUGUGGAGGAGAGUUUGCACAGGAUUAAAGAGAACGAUCCUCGCCUUGUUGAAGUCAACUUGAAUAACAUAAAGAACAUUCCUGUUCCAACGCUGAAAGAAUUUGCCAAGGCUCUGGAAACAAAUACAUACGUGAAGAGCUUCAGCCUUGCAGCUACUCGAAGCAACGACCCGGUUGCUGUUGCUUUUGCAGACAUGCUAAGGGUGAACAAAACACUGAAGAGUCUAAACAUUGAAUCCAACUUCAUCACUGGUGUGGGCAUACUGGCGCUGGUUGACGCACUCAAGGAAAAUGAAACCCUGACUGAGAUCAAAAUUGAUAACCAGAGGCAGCAGUUGGGGACGCCUGUAGAAAUGGAGAUCGCAAAGAUGCUUGAGGAGAACACAAAGAUCCUUAAGUUCGGCUACCACUUCACACAGCAGGGACCACGAGCCACAGCAGCAGCUGCAAUUACAAAAAAUAACGAUUUAGUCUGGCGUAUAGGAGUAAAACUUUCAGCACAUGCCCUUUCAUCUCUUCAGCCCUGAAGCUUCUGAGACAGUUCGCAAAAGAAGAGUGGAAGGAGACCACCAAUAAAUCCUGUUGCCAGAUUUGCACAGCGUGGAGAAUGUGGAGCUCCUCCAGGAGCAUCUGCUUAGAUUGGGCUUCAGCAAUCUCAAGAUUUCUUCUUUCCUGGGUAGAAGGGAAAAGACUGGAAUUGCCAUUCCUCCUGUUGUUUGGGUCUUCUGUUUUUUGUUUUUGUAAAUGUAUAUUGGUGUGUGUGAUAUCCAACACAUGUUUGUUCAAAGCCUUGUAACUACAUCUGCUCAAGAUCAGAUCUUGAAUACCCUUUUUUUAAUUUCAUAACUUGGGUGUGUGUCUUCCACAAAUAUAAAUACCAAUUCUACCAAUCUGUGGAAUGUCUGCAUGACAAGCAGUCAACGGUCAGUGGAGCAAGUGGUUUUAAACCUGCAGGGAGUAAGUUUUCAGACAGGAAAUCUGGAGUCCUUUAUUGAAAAUACAUCUUUUAGAAAACAAUGUUUUAGGUGGGGCAGGGGGGGUGAGAGAGAAAGGGAUCCUUCAAAGGAAAAACCAAGGACUUUGACUACUUACUUCAUCUGCCUUGUUUGUAUGUAAUGCUGAUGACUGAUAAAUCACUGCUACAGCAGUUACUUCUUCUUAACAUGCUUUGACUGUGUAGGAUGCUUUCUCGAAAUGGAGAUUCAAGCUUGUAACUUCUUUUUAUAAGAGAAGAUUAUUCUACUUUAUGGGCUGCUUCUGCUCUUUUACCUCUUUGGAGGUAAGUGAAGCUGGCUGAAAUGGAGAUUGGUAUCUUAAGCCUACAGCCUUUGCAGUUUAGGGUGUUUGGUUGGCUUAUUUUUCUGCUAAUUUACAGAACACGACAUUUCGGCACUUUUGUUCUGUUAUGUCUGAACUGGAUGUAUUUAUAGACCUUUUUUGUGUUUCAUCAGCAUCGUGUUGGGUUAUAUUCCUUGGUAUUUAAGCUUGUACACACAUACACACGUACUUCAAUGGCAGCAUGCCAAACUUACACAAAUGGCUCCUCAGUCAUAGUGCAGCUUCAAUAGCAACCCACUGGGUGCUCAGUAUGCUGUUUGUGUAGGCUCAGAUACAUGGCAACCACGUUUUAUGCUCCUGGACUGUAAGUUCUGACCUGGGCUGUGAGUGGUAUGGCAUGUUUUGUUGGAAUUUCACACUUUCUGUAUUUAUUAGCACCCUUGGCCAGCUGCUGGGGCCUCGUAGGCUCUGGGCACCUUGAGAGGGUCCAUUGGCACUGAUGCCUCCCCUGGGCCAUAGUUUUAAAUUUCCCACAAUGCCCCAGAGCAGCUGGCAAGGCAUCAUCACUCAAGGGCAUUGUAAGAAAUUAAAAUGUCUACCAGUUGGGGGCCACCACUUGCAAUUUCCCACAAUGCUCAAGGGCAAUACUACAUUGGGUGCUCUAAGACAGUGGCCCUAUCUGCACUGUACAUUUAAAGCAGUAUUAUACCACUUUAAAGAGUCAUGGCUUUAAAACAGUAUCACACCACUUUAAAUAGGCAUGCCUUCCCCCAAAGAAUUCUGGGAAGUGUAGUUUGUUAAGGAUGCUGAGAGUUGUUAGGGACUCCUAUUCCCCUCACAGAGCUACUGUGUCCAGAAUGGUUUAACAAUCAGUCCCUCUUCCCAGGGAACUCUGAGAGCUGUAGCUCUGUGAAGGGAAUCGGGGUCUCUUAACAACUCUCAGCACCCUUAACAAAUUACAGUUCCCAGGAUUCUUUGGGGGAAUGCAUGCCUAUGUAAAGUGGUGUGAUACUGUUUUAAAUGUAUAGUGCAGAUGGGGCCACUGUGGAAAUUUUUUAACUGGUGGCUUCUCAUCCACCCAGCCCUGCCACUAGGUAAGCCCACAGCCAGGGGGCCUGCUGACUUAAAAGGAAGGUACCAGAUGGCAUUUUGCUAAGGGCCCACCUCAACUCUGGUGCCAGCUCUUAUUCUACAACAUCCAUUGUGUGCAUAGAAAAGUUUUUAGUCUUAUACAAUUCUGAUGCACCUUGUUAGCUUGCAAGUAAGAAUCCACAGUUUUGAAACCUUUGUUAAGAAUAACGUGUACUUUGAUCCUUACAACAGCUGAAACUAGUGGAAUGAUUAUAUGCAGUGGAGACUGGUGGCUCUGAUGUCAGUGGGGCAGUGAAUCCACACCAGAUUUUAGUCCGAACUUUCAAGGAGCUGUCCAAGGCUCUGAACCUAUUUUGGGGAUAGGUUUCAGCACCUUGGACAGGUCCUUGGAAGAUCAGACUAAAAACCCGGAGUGGAUUCAUGUCCCCACUGACAUUGAACCUAUCAGUCACCACUGAUUAUAUGACCUGAGCUUGGUAGCCACUGUGAAAGAAGGUUUAUAUUAGAGUUACCACUAUGUUAAUGCUUACCACUGUUUUGUAGCUCUAGUUUCACAUGGUAUAGUGGACAAUAAUACAUAUUGGACACAAUCCACCAGGCUGGUCCUAUGCAAACCAUAAUAAAGUAAAUGGCACACAAUUAGUAGCAGUCUAUGGUGAUUGCACCCUUUAUAGUAUAUGGAAUAGGAUUCACAGAGUAAACUUCAGAUUUACUUUUGAGUUCAAGGUUCUGUCUUAAAAAAAACAGGCAACAAAUCUGGUCCCAUUUUUUCUGUUUUUCCUUCAUUAUUGUGAAAUCACUUGAUUCUUUGAUUUUAAUGAGCAUAAAACUUAAAUAGCACAGAGCAGAACAUCAGACCGUGACUCGAGCAUUUUGAUUAAAGUUGCAAGCUUGCAUAUAUUUUCACAAUCAGUACCCAACUCUGAUGUGCUAUUUUUCAUAAGGACUGUGAUCAUUAUACUUUACCUGGAAGGAGCUCCACUGAAAUCAGUGGUACAUUCUUCCAAGUCAGUGCACUGAGGACCAAAGCAAAAGCUAUAUGUUGCUACAGGGCAGUCCCAAAACUGGUGCCUUUCAGAUGUUGUUUAGGACUACAGCUCCCAUCAUCCCUGACUAUUGCUGAUUAUGGCAAGAGCUAAUGGGAUUUAUAGUCCAGAACACCUGGAGGGCACCAGCGUGGAGAAGGCUGCUAUAGGCUUUCAUUUUGUUUUGUUUGCUUGGCAUCUUGAUGCACAUGGAAACCUUACUAUUUGUUUCUAUUAUCACAGGAGUGGGGAGCUUUUGGCCCUCCAGAUACUGCUGAACUACAACUCCCACCAGCCCCAGCAAGCACUGUCAAUGGCCAGGGAUGAGGGGAGUUGUAGUUCAGCAACAUAUGGGGGCACCUAAGGUUCCUCACACCUGCAUUAGCACUUAUGUGGGUAAAACAGAAAUGCAUGUGCAUUUCAAAACCAAUUUUGGAAAAAAAAUCCAUUCUUUUUAUCGUUGUGCAACUUUAAAACAAACCCAUCAACAAGAAAAAAAGAGGGGGGAAUAGAUGUCUCAGUAUCAACAAAUGCAUUUAAAAAGCUCCAGUGUGUAAACAUGAUGCAGCUAUUCAAAAGAUUGGGUUGAUUUGUUCUGCAGAAACUAAAGAUUAAGUAGCUCCCUUUUUUGGUUGUUGCUCUUUUAACAAAAGACUUGUCAGAUCUACAGCAUGCCAGGUGGUUGGUGGGCCCAGUUUAGUUUUGGUGGGCUUCAGAAACAGCAUGAUUAGACACCUGGGGAACCAGAGUGCAUGACUGGCAUGCUGAAAACUCCAGGGCUACAAACUGGCAGGUCUGUUUACUUUGUCCUACAGGAUGAGUUCCCAUUAUUUUCAUGGAUUAAAAAAAAAAAUAGGGCUGCACUCCUGUCGUUGGGUUCUUUGCAUACACGAACCUUGUUGUGUGGGCAGGAUUGCUCUCUAUGGGUCUUUCGACAAGUGGUGCUAUACUAACUUGACCAAAGCAUGAGAAAUACUUGUACUGUAUUCCAUUGUCUGAAACUGGGAGGGGAGGGAGAGAAGAUGAUCCACCUAGCACUGCUACUGCAUGACCUCCAUUCGGUUCAAUGUGAAUUGCAUGGGAGUUCGUAUAUGACGUAUUAGGAUCGACAGAUGUUGCGGAGUAGCACUCCAGGGUGGAUUGUGCUCAAUUUCUGUAGUGCCUAAUACAAUUUAAAAGUUGCCAAAAUGCACACAUGCACAAAGCAGUUGGUAAAUGUUUCUCUUUGUUCUGUUAUUUGUGUUGUUAGCUGAGCAGAUUUCAUAUUUGUCAGAUCAGGUGCUGAGUACAUUGGUGAAAUCACUACUGCUAUCAAUGUUUCAAUUAAAGACAAAGGAGAAAAGGUAGAGUGCAAAGGUCUUCUAUGCUCUGGACCAAAAGUGGUCAAGGAGGGCGCCCUGCAGAUGUUGUUGGACUGCAACUCCCAUUAUCCCUGACCGGAGCUGAUGUGAGUCCAGCAACAUCUGGAGAGCUAUCCUUGGUCUAGAUGAAUCAUCAAUAUUAUGGUGAUCUGAGCAUUUAAUAGCACCUAAAUUUAGUGAUCUGUGUGGGUUGGUAGCUAGUGUCAAGUUAUUGACAUUGCCCGAGUAGAGAGAAGCAGGCAUCCUAACUCCAGUCUUCUCUACAAGUAAAGCAAAAGGAGGCAGAGAAUGACUUAAGCCAUCAAACAGUGCCCUUGAGAUAGGCAGGAGGAAUAUUGGCAAGUGACAUGGGAAUACUUUAAGCAUUUUUGGUUCUGUGCAUGUUUUUUCCUCCCCUGUGGAAUGUGAAGUCUCCUGAGUUGGAAACUAUAAUGCAGUGUGAUUUUUUUCCCCUGACUUUGAAUACUUUACUCAGGUUAAAUAAGCUUAGUUUUCAGGGCACAUAUGUAACCCUACAUACAAUUUUGGUCCAACCAUGAAUAUAAAACUGUUUCCCAAAAGGUGAAGGGUUUGUGCAUUUUUACAGUCUUGAUGAGGUGGUGGACUGCUUUAUCUUUUAAAAUAUGCAGUUAACCUUUUCUUUUUAAAAAAUGGCUUUUGGCUUCACUUUUAAGACCUUAAAUAGAAUGUUUUCAUAUUAUACGACAAAUUAAUGUGCCUCCACUUAAUACUGUUUACAAAUGUUGACUUCUUAUUAUUUUUGAUACAGAUAAUACCCUUUGUAAGCUAUACACUUAAGCAUCUUUGGUCAAAGUUCUGUUGAAGAAAAAUGAAUGGGAAUAUAUAGGAAUGCCAGCACUGUAUGCUGUUAUUGUAAUAAAAAUAUCCAGAUCA